CAUGUGGGAUGUGGCUGAGGAACUGAAAGCGAUGUUGGUGUUUGCUGAACACCGAUACUACGGAGAGUCCCUGCCUUUUGGUAACAACUCAUUCAAGGAUUCCACACACUUGAAUUAUCUGACAUCAGAACAAGCUCUAGCUGAUUUUGCAGUGUUAAUCAAACACUUGAAGAAAACAAUCCCAGGAGCUAAAAAUCAACCUGUCAUCGCCAUAGGGGGCUCUUACGGUGGCAUGCUUGCAGCCUGGUUCAGGAUGAAAUACCCUCAUAUGGUGGUUGGAGCUCUUGCAGCCUCUGCCCCUAUCUGGAAUUUUGGUAAUCUGGUGCCUUGUGGGGUAUUUAUGGAGAUUGUAACUACGGAUUUUAGGAAAAGUGGCCCAAAUUGUUCAGAGACCAUCCGCAGUUCCUGGAGUGCGAUUACUCGACUUGCAAGAACAGGUGGCGGCUUGGAUUGGCUUUCUGAAGCCUUUCACUUAUGUACUCCACUAAGAAAUUCUCAGGAUGUCCAGCAGUUGAAAGGCUGGAUCUCUGAAACCUGGAUAAAUCUGGCAAUGGUGGACUACCCUUAUGAGUCUAACUUUUUACAGCCUUUGCCUGCUUGGCCUAUCAAGGUAGUGUGCAAGUAUUUGAACAAUCCCAGCUUAUCUGACCCACGGCUGCUGCAGAAUAUCUUCCAAGCUCUGAAUGUAUAUCACAAUUACUCGGGCCAGGCGAGUUGCCUGAACAUGUCAGAGACAGCAACUAGCAGUCUGGGGAUCCAGGGUUGGAGCUAUCAGGCUUGCACAGAAAUGGUCAUGCCUUUUUGUACUGAUGGUAUCAAUGACAUGUUUGAACCUCGCUUAUGGAACUUUAGGGAAUAUUCUGAUGACUGUUUUAAACAGUGGGGUGUGAGACCAAGGCCCGCCUGGAUCAAUACUGUGUAUGGAGGCAAAAACAUCAGUUCACACACAAACAUUGUUUUUAGCAAUGGUGAACUAGACCCCUGGUCAGGAGGUGGGGUAACCAAGGAUAUCACAGACACGUUGGUUGCGAUCAUCAUCCCCAAAGGGGCCCAUCAUCUAGAUCUUCGAGCCAGAAAUGCCUUUGAUCCCACGACCGUGCUGUUAGCCCGCUCCUUGGAAGUUAAACACAUGAAGCAGUGGAUCAGAGAUUUCUAUGCCAGUCAGAGAAAGAAGCACUGAGAAAUUCGGAUCAUUUUCAGUUUCUUCUUUUAUGUUCAUUGUACCCACGUUCCCAUUCACUUGGUUUUCUACAUGUAACCACUUUCCCUUGUUUGUCAUUAGAUUUGAUGAGGAGAAGGUUGAGAUAGAAGAGAGGUGAUGGUGACGGCAGCCAUCCCACAGCCUGGAUCCUCGCCAUCUUCACCCCCAGGAAGCAUCUCUUUGUGACAGCUUUCCUGCACCAUCAGGGGCCCUCAUCCUGGGGCAGAGUUCCUGACUGCCUUUCACAAGAGGGAGGGAAGCCUCCUUUGUUUCUCUGCAAGCAGGGCUUCCUCUUGGGUUUGAGGUUAAAGUCUCUUUGGUCCAUUUGUCACUCCCCAUCCCUUCCCUCAAAAGAGAACAGCAGAAGGUAGAUAAAAAUGAUGUAAUUGCAGCUGGUAGGAAGGAUGUCCAAUGCCAGUCCAGGAAAUGGAAGCCAUUUCUUUUGUACUUGAUUUAGUGACUUUGAACUGUGCUGUAAAUAAAGAAUAAGGCUGGACCUUA